AUGAGAAUCGCGCAUCUACAGGUUAUUUUGCUAGCCUCGCUCUUUGGGGGCUCCGACGCCCUCCUCAAGUGGACGCGGGUAAACCCCAACUUAUGCGCUUUGUUGCUCGGAUUCGGAGGCCCUGACCCGGGAUGCCCUGGUGGUGCGGCGCUGCCUGCCCCCGCUGUGCCGGCACCGGACCCCAAGAAAAUCGCAGCCGAUCACUGCACAAGUAUUGCGAACGGUGCCAUUCCUCUCUUCCGAGCUGAUGGUACCCACUAUGGCUGUUUCAACAAUCCUUGCCAGGAUACCCCCGCUGGCAGUAACCAAAUUCUUGGGGUAUGCCGCUAA